CCUAUGGGGAACAAUAGAAAGGUAUGGGAUUAUUCAGCCAUGACUUGUGGGGAGCAGACUGCAGGUUCUAACAGGGAUAAGGCAGAAAUGAUGACAAAAUUAUUUGCAAGAAUACAUUGUAAGGAAAAUCUAUCAGAAGAGGGGCGGAGAAGGAGAGAGAGAACAAUGAGUCGGUAUCCAGGUGUGCUCGACAGGAGGGAAGAAACGGGAAGCAAUUGAUGAACUAUGGCAGAAAUGACGAGGGCUAUAAAGAAAUCAAAACCAACCUCUCCUGGGAAAGAUAACAUAAGCUAUAUAAUGCUAAAACAACGAGGGGAGUGAGCAUUGUUAAAGUUGCAUAAAGGGCAUAUAGAAGUGAUGAAAAAUAGUCUAAGAAAAUUAAGGGAUCAAGAAUUUAAUUUAACAGGAAUAAUGGAAAAAGUGAGAGAGCACAAGUCAGGAUAGUAGUGAAGUUCCUUUCUUAUAGGAUAUAAAGUCGGACAGAAAUAGGUAAAAUAUAUAGGGUAAGAGUGUGUGGCCUUUUUCUGGUUCACACUCUCGAGCAGUAGGGGGCGGUAAUGCACCUAUAGAUGGAUGCCAACUGUCGUAAAACAAAAAGAAGAAGAAUGAAAGCACAACAACAACAGCAGCGGUGUCAUGGCGGCUCCUGACACAGGUGGCUGGUUUCCGGCGUUAGCUGUGGGAGUUUCUCUGCUGAAAUGUCUCUUCAUUAACGCAUAUCAUUCCACAGACUUUGAGGUUCACAGGAACUGGCUUGCGAUCACACACAGUCUGCCCGUGUCCAGGUGGUACUAUGAGAACACGUCUGCAUGGACUCUGGACUACCCCCCGCUCUUCGCCUGGUUUGAGUUUGGCCUCUCUCACGUGGCUCGGCAAUUUGACAGGAACAUGCUGCUGGUGGAGAACCUGAACUACGCCAGCGCGUCCACGGUGCUUUUCCAGCGGCUGUCGGUCAUCGCCACCGACGUGGUUUUCAUCUUCGCUGUCAGAGAGUGCUGCAGGUGCGUUCAGGAGCAGAAAGGCUCUCGGGAUGUUCUGAGUCGUCCGUCCUUCGUCCUGGCUUCUCUGCUGCUCUACAACUUGGGCCUCCUCAUCGUCGACCACAUUCAUUUCCAGUAUAACGGUUUCCUGUUUGGUUUCCUGCUGCUGUCAGUGGCAAAACACCUCCAGUCUCAGCACCUGCAGGGGGCGCUGCUGUUCUCCAUCCUGCUCAACCUGAAGCACAUCUACCUGUACGUGGCUCCGGCCUACGGCAUCUACCUGCUGAGAAGUUACUGCUUCACCCAGGACAACAGAGACGGUUCAGUCCGCUGGACGAGUUUCAGUCCGCUCCGUCUCUUGGCUCUGGGAACCAUCGUCGUCUCCGUCUGUGCUCUGUCCUUUGGCCCAUUCAUCGUCAUGGGUCAGCUCUCUCAGGUGUUGUCCCGCCUCUUUCCGUUCCAGCGUGGACUCUGCCACGCCUACUGGGCCCCCAACGUCUGGGCCCUCUACAACGUGCUGGACAAAAUCCUGGCGGUGCUCGGUGUGCGUCUGAAGCUGCUGGAGGAGGAGGAGCUUCCUCUAGCCUCCAUGACAGGUGGGCUUGUACAGGAGUUUCAGCACUCUGUCCUCCCAUCCGUCUCUCCAUCCGUCACACUAGUCUGCUCUCUGCUGUCCAUCCUGCCGUCCCUUGUCUCCCUCUGGCUGUGUCCUCGUGGUGCUCGUGGUUUCCUGCGUUGUCUCGUGCUCUGCUCUCUGGGCUCCUUCAUGUUCGGCUGGCACGUCCACGAGAAGGCCGUCCUCCUCGCCGUCCUGCCCCUCAGUCUCCUGGCAGUCGAGAGCAGAGAGGACGCUGGAGUCUUCCUGGUUCUGUCAACCACAGGACAUUACUCUCUGUUCCCGCUGAUCUUCACACCGGCAGAGCUGCCAAUCAAAGUUGUUCUGAUGGUGAUGUUUAGCAUAUACUCUUUCACUGCUCUGAGGAAACUGCACAGUGGCCCAGUGCUCCGCCCCCUGGAGACCGUCUACCUGCUCGGUUUGUUCGCCGUGGCGUUUGUCUGCGAGGUCGUCUUCCCCCUGUCACCGUGGCAACGGGAGCUGCCCUUCCUCCCCUUGCUGGUGACCUCGGUGUACUGCUCGGUGGGCGUGUGCUACUCCUUCCUGCGCUUGUACACUGGCCUCCUGCGGCACGAGGACAGCGGUGAGAAGUCCAAGCUGCAGUGAGACACCAUUUCUGAACCUGAGAGAUCAAAGGUCAGGCCCAAAACACACUGACAGCACACAGACACCGACGACCCCGGAACAACACGACAAAUCAGGACCGUGUCACUGAGGACAAACUCAUAUUUAAUGGAUGCAGUGAAAUCAACAAACUAAAAAUAGGACGGAACUGGUUUGCCGCGUGUACAAUAGGAAAACUACGUUUUUUCCUUCAACCGUAACAGAAACUGAUCGGAAACACAAUUACAGACGCGACAGAAAUGUCGACCAAAGAUCGGACACAGUCAAGUCUGUUUUUCUUUCCUGUGGUUUCAAAUUAAAAAGGUAACGAGUGAA